AACAUAACUUACAGAUUUUGUCAGUAUAUUCAUCUCAUCUGUUUAUUCUAAGCUGGUAAGUUUUGUACAAAAUGGGCACCAUUGUUAGUCGACUACGAUAUCGCUUAACUCGUCCCAUUAGAGAAUACAAUCUUCAGGAUAGAGCACUACAAGCUGUUGAUCGCAAUAAGGACAUUCCCUCUCCACGCCAUCCUUCCACAAGCAACCUCAUUGAAACAUCAAUACAGAGCUUAGAUGAGGAAAUGAGGAACCAGCUAAAUAAUCCAGACCCAAGACUGGCAAGCCGUCUGCAGAAAGUUUACGUUACUUCACAGGAUGUCAUCCCAGUCCAGCCAGUGUCAAGCCAGGCCCCAGAGCGACCACUGCCACUCAACAGGACGCCAGGACGAUCGCCGCAUGACAGCUUUCACAACCCUGACGUCGUACCUUAUGGAAAGGUGAAAUUAAAAGACGUUAUGGCGUUUUUGAUAAAGCAUCAAGAAAACCCAUCGGAGCACAACGCCUCCAGCAUCGCCAGGAACUACAAACUGACUGCACAACAAUGUGUCAAAUUUAACGUAUAUUUAACUUCAGGUCAAAGUAAACUGAGUUUUUAUGUGCUUACAGAGCAAGUGCUAAAAUACUUCGGAACGUUUCGCCUAAUGAUGCCGGCGGAGACGACCAAGAAACAAGCGGAAACGUUAAAGCGCCUGCAAGCAACGUCCGACUACUUUGUCAACCCGGGGGAGUUACCUAGCACAUUGCGAGGGUUGCCUGAGCUGGACAAGCCUCCAUCGAAGGAAGAAAUAAAGAAGGAAAAAGUGACUCGCCCAGUCACACAGGUUCAAGACUCAAAGCAAGACACCAGUCAUGACGUCACUUUGUUGCAGUAUAAAGUGAAUGAAGAAGUACUCAAAAUUAUAAAGAGUGCGGACUACAGAGAAGAAACCAAACCCAUUGAAAUUGUAAGGCAGCCAACGAAGCUGGGAGUGGAAGGGAUGACGUUGCGGUCUCCUCAUCACGGGCACCGUACUGAUGAUAAAAAGUCGAAUGAUGACAGUGCUAAGUAGCCCUGGAAAGGUCUCAAGUACUCUGUAUAAAAGAAAUAGGUCCUUGUGAGAUUAAAUGGACCAGUGCAUCGUGUUUUGUAAAUAAUCAAAUCGAUACCUGUUACCCUGUAAUAUAGCACCGGCUUGGUCUAAGAGUUGGUCAGGCCAUCCGAAGGCAAAAAACUGCCCUUAAUUAUUCAAGGAUUGCUACA